GCUGGCUGGCUGAGCACUGAAAAGUCUAGGAACAUGUCAGUGACCAAUGCGCAAGCGGAAGUUUAACUGUUGCCCACCUUCCAUUGAAACGGGACACGCUAAUUCGAAGCACUCUCGCCCUAGAUGGACUCGGACUGGGAGGCAAUAAUGUAUGAAUGGGUGCACAAUUGAUAUCUCUUGCACGGAUCUUUCUGACGUAGACUAUCCACAAGAAACCGUGAAUAACAUGCUCUGUUCGAAUUUAGUCUCAUGGUCUAGUUUCCUAUAUGUUAAUCUACUGUAGAAACGUUUGGAGGAGUUAUUCGACAUGCAUUAGAAGAGGAGAAACACAACUUUCUGGGCUGGUGGACUGGACAGAGGAAGAUUUCGCGAGGACACUCGCAGGGCGCGUAUGGAUUACAUGUAAAGCCAGUGUUGGUUUCGCUGCUAUUUGGGGGAAAGUCAUCCGAGAAGUGCAUUUUCAGGAGACCAUGGACAGCCUCGCUUCGGUGCCAGAGCGAUUCCGUUCAGCCUGGAUUGAUGUUUCCCGGGACUAGCAGAGCUCACAGCCGUGGAAUGGAGAGUGAAAUAAGCUCUAUGAAAAAAUAGGCUAUUUAUAAGAUUGGUGUCAAAUGUAUUUAUGUUCUGGGUAUCAUGGUUUAUUUCCAAAACAAUCGUAAAUAAACUACUUGGAAUCUUGUGAUACACUUCGAACAGUGGAUACUUUUAAAAGGAGCGCUUUGGUGACAAAUGUGUGGAUCUAUUGAGUUAGGCUAUGCACGGAAUUCAACUGUCAAAUGACAGUUUCAAAAACGUUUUGUUUUGUUUCCACUUUGUCGCCACUAUCUCUUUAUUUUCAUCCAUCCACCGUAUCACUCCAUUAACCAGGUUAGAGCCGUAGAGAAAGAGAAGCAAACCCUCUGUCUCUUAUAGCGCGCCCACACGGGUACCGGGGUCGGGAUGUGGGGUGGCCGAGGUUUCCCAAUGUCUGUCACCGUGGUUGUAACUCUACUCCUGGUUAUUAUUGACGUUAAGGCGAGUGGAGAGUACUGUCACGGUUGGCAUGACACCCAGGGGACCUGGAGAGAGGGCUUCCAGUGCCCGGAGAAGUUUGAUGGUGAGGAUGCCAUCAUCUGCUGCGGGAAAUGCGAGCUCCGGUACUGCUGCUCCAGCACUGAAGCACGGCUGGACCAGGGGACUUGUGAAAACGACAAGCAAGCCCAGGAACCGGGCACCAACAGCAAGGAGAACAAGGAUACGGGCGCAGUACCCAUCUACGUUCCCUUCCUGAUCGUGGGCUCUGUAUUCGUGGCCUUCGUCCUGGUGGGUUCCGUCGUUGCCGUGUGCUGCUGCCGCUGUCUCCGCCCCAAACAGGAACUGUCGUCAGGGGGUGGGGGAGGUGGCGGCCGUCUCCUGGAGACCAUUCCCAUGAUGGCCAGCGUGGGCACGUCUCGCGGUUCCUCCUCCCGCCAAUCAAGCACAGCCACGUCGUCCAGUUCCUCUGCCCCUCCUGCCCAGGUGCCUCGCCCGGCCCCCCAGCCCAUGAUGCGCACCCAGGCCUCCUGCUGUCUGCCUACAGACGCCAGUGUCUUCGUCAACAUGCCCACCAACUUCUCCGUGCUCAACUGCCAGCAGGCCACCCAGAUCAUGCCCCACCAGGGACAGUUCAUCCACCCCCAGUACAUCGGCUACGCCACCCACCACAUGUCCCCGCCCCAGGGGGUCUACCUGGACCCCACCCAGGGGGGCUACAGACAGCUGCAGUCCCCCUACCCCCCACCCACCAGUGUGGCGAGUGUCACCAGUGAGCAGAAGUACCCUCCAGUAACAGUUUGAGGAAGGGGCCAUUUUGAUGACUGUGUGUAACAGACCGUGUGAGGACUUUGUGGAACUCUGCCAGAAAACCUUACGGAGACUGCGUGAGAAACCUUAUGGGGACAUUGGGAGCUCGCCAGCUUAUAGAGAGAAUGAUAUGGACUCUGGCUCACACAGAGGACUCGUAAAACCCAAGCUGGGAUCUGUGCCUGACCAGCCACAGUGUGUUGCGUGUGUGUGUGUCUGUCCUACAUCCCGCUGGGCACACACUGGUUGAAUCAACAAUGUUUCCACAUUAUUUCAAUUAAAUGACGUUGAACCAACGUGGAAUAGACGUUGAAUUGACUUCUGUGCCUAGUGGGAUGUGUGUGAUAUUACGUUGCCUCAGGGUAAUCAUUCUGACUGAGUCAACCUCACCCCAAGAUGGAGUAUGUGAGGACAAGAAAGGGGUACAUCUUUCUGGAUGUCCUCAUUCAAGAAAACACAAUCACAUAGAGGGGUUAUGCUACUCACCAUGGCCAACGACUCUCAGCAUACAGUGGCUUGCGAAAGUAUUCAACCCCUUGACAUUUUUCCUAUUUUGUUGCCUUACAACCUGGAAUUAAAAUAGAUUUUUUUUGGGGGGGGGGGUUGUAUCAUUUGAUUUACACAACAUGCCUACCACUUUGAAGAUGCAGAAUAUUUUUUUUGUGAAACAAACAAGAAAUAAGACAAAAAAACGGAAAACUUGAGCGUGCAUAACUCUUCACCCCCCAAAGUCAAUACUUUAUAGAGCCACCUUUUGCAGCAAUUACAGCUGCAAGUCUCUUGGGAUAUGUCUCUAUAAGCUUGGCACAUCUAGCCACUAGGACUUUUGCCAAUUCUACAAGGCAAAACUGCUCCAGCUCCUUCAAGUUGGAUGGGUUCCGCUGGUGGACAGCAAUCUUUAAGUCAUACCACAGAUUCUCAAUUGGAUUGAGGUCUGGGCUUUGACUAGGCCAUUCCAAGACAUUCAAAUGUUUCCCCUUAAACUACUCGAGUGUUGCUUUAGCAGUAUGCUCAGGGUCAUUGUCCUGAUGGAAGGUGAACCUCUGUCCCAGUCUCAAAUCUCUGGAAGACUGAAACAGGUUUCCCUCAAGAAUUCCCCUGUAUUUAGCGCCAUCCAUCAUUCCUUCAAUUCUGACCAGUUUCCCAGUCCCUGCCGAUGACAAAUAUCCCCACAGCAUGAUGCUGCCACCACCAUGCUUCACUGUGGGGAUGGUGUUCUCGGGGUGAUGAGAGGUGUUGGGUUUGCGCCAGACAUAGUGUUUUCCUUGACGGCCUAAAAGCUAAAUUUUAGUCUCAUCUGACCAGAGUACCUUCUUCCAUAUGUUUGGGGAGUCUCCCACAUGCCUUUUGGCAAACACCAAACGUGUUUGCUUAUUUUUUUCUUUAAGCAAUGGCUUUUUUCUGGUCACUCUUCCGUAAAGCCAAACUCUGUGGCGUGUACGGCUUAAAGUGGUCCUAUGGACAGAUACUCCAAUCUCCACUGUGGAGCUUUGCAGCUCCUUCAGGGUUAUCUUUGGUCUCUUUGUUGCCUCUGGUUAAUGCCCUCCUUGCCUGUUCCGUGAGUUUUGGUGGGCGGCCCUCUCUUGGAAGGUUUGUUGUGGUGCUAUAUUCUUUCCAUUUUUUUAUAAUGGAAUUAAUGGUGCUCCAUGGGAUGUUCAAAGUUUCUGAUAUUUUUUUAUAACCCAACCCUGAUCUGUACUUCUCCACAACUUUGUCCCUGACCUGUUUGGAGAGCUCCUUGGUCUUCAUGGUGCCGCUUGCUUGGUGGUGCCCCUUGCUUAGUGGUGUUGCAGACUCUGGGGCCUUUCAGAACCGGUGUAUAUAUAUAUAUUGAAAUCAUGGAACAGAUCAUGUGACACUUAGAUUGCACACAGGUGGACUUUAACUAAUUAUGUGACUUCUGAAGGUAAUUGGUUGCACCAGAUCUUAUUUAGGGGCUUCAUAGCAAAGGGGGUGACACACCACUUUUCCAUUUUUAUUUUUUAGAAUUUUUUGAAAUAAGUUAUAUUUUUCAUUUCACUUUACCAAUUUGGACUAUUUUGUGUAUGUCCAUUACAUGAAAUCCACAUAAAAAUAAAUUUAAAUUACAGGUUGUAAUGCAACAAAAUAGGAAAAAUGCCAAGGGGGAUGAAUACUUUUGCAAGGCACUGUACGUACAUGUGUUUAACAUCUUGAAGUUUGUCCAUGUAGUAUCUGUUGUAUGUGUAAAUGAGGGAAUGUGUGUAUGUACAGUACAGGUUGUGAGGUGCUGUGUCCUGUGUGUGUACUGUAUGUGAAUUGUGAAUAUAUGAAGAGUUUAUUUCCAAAACGCUAUAUCAACCAAUUUUUCACGUGUUUUUAAUUUUUUUUAAUCAGAAAUGAUUACUUAUGGGUACCUUCAUGUGUGUGUAAAAUAUUACUGUUUUCAAAUUUUUUAUUAAUAGAUUUUAGAUGCAUAUGAAAAUGUGUUUUUCCCCCAAAAUGCUAUGUAUCCAUCGUUUAGCUGGAAUGGAAUGUUGGUAUACUGUUUGACUAAUGUGGUUGUCUCACCUAGCUAUCUUAAGAUGAAUGUCACUGUUAGUCACUCUGGAUAAUAGCAUCAGCUAAAUUAUUAAAAUGUCAAAGUUUUACAUACAGAUGUCAUAUUAACGUAUUGAUUUCUUUUGUAUUUUUUUAUAUUGAUGUCACAAAUGUAUAAUUUCGACAGUUUUUUGUAAUAUGUGACUGUGUAAAAACGAACUACUUAUUUCUCUCAGAGUGAGGUGGAUAUAUAGCAUUUUGCAAAAAAAACUUGAUUAUUUGUCUCUCUGAAAUGAAACCAUUAAGUAAUAGAUUUCAAACAAAUACAUCUGUCAUUGAACAAGCCCAUGCCAUGAUUAGAUAGUGAAAAACACAGCACUCUUUCAUCAUUUCUUUGAACAAUAAAAGCUAAUUUACUAACAUUUCUGAAAAUGGUUAGCGUUUUGGAAUGAAACUCUUCAUAUGUAGAGUAUGUGCUGUGUGUGUGUGUGAGCAAUAUGUGGUGCGGAAUGGCUCUAUGUUAACAGAGGUACUGUGAGUGGAUGUGUGUAUAUGAGUAUAUGUGGUGUGUAAUGGGAAAUGCAGGUGGUGGGAUGUGAAAAGCAGUCCCUCUCUCCCUGUAGACCGGUUAAAGUCCAAUGAAGUGAACACAGGACACAGACUGUGACGCCCGCAACCCCCCCACACACACACACCACUGCCCUGAGCAGAAAUACACACACACACGCAAGAAAAUACACAAACACUCACACAAGGAUUUGGAAAUAAAUGUGCACGAAAGGUGAAAGGAGCGGUGAGACAGGAGUGCCGUGCUCUCUCCCUGUGUAGCAGUGAGACAGGAGGGCCGUGCUCUCUCCCUGUGUAGCUGUGAGACAGGAGUGCCGUGCUCUCUCCCUGUGUAGCUGUGAGACAGGAGUGCCGUGCUCUCUCCCUGUGUAGCUGUGAGACAGGAGUGCCGUGCUCUCUCCCUGUGUAGCUGUGAGACAGGAGUGCCGUGCUCUCUCCCUGUGUAGCUGUGAGACAGGAGUGCCGUGCUCUCUCCCUGUGUAGCUGUGAGACAGGAGCGCCGUGCUCUCUCCCUGUGUAGCUGUGAGACAGGAGCGCCGUGCUCUCUCCCUGUGUAGCUGUGAGACAGGAGCGCCGUGCUCUCUCCCUGUGUAGCGGUGAGACAGGAGUGCCGUGCUCUCUCCCUGUGUAGCGGUGAGACAGGAGUGCCGUGCUCUCUCCCUGUGUAGCGGUGAGACAGGAGCGCCGUGCUCUCUCCCUGUGUAGCUGUGAGACAGGAGUGCUCUCUCCCUGUGUAGCUGUGAGACAGGAGUGCCGUGCUCUCUCCCUGUGUAGCGGUGAGACAGGAGUGCCGUGCUCUCUCCCUGUGUAGCGGUGAGACAGGAGCGCCGUGCUCUCUCCCUGUGUAGCUGUGAGACAGGAGUGCCGUGCUCUCUCCCUGUGUAGCUGUGAGACAGGAGUGCCGUGCUCUCUCCCUGUGUAGCGGUGAGACAGGAGCGCCGUGCUCUCUCCCUGUGUAGCGGUGAGACAGGAGCGCCGUGCUCUCUCCCUGUGUAGCUGUGAUCGGCAGCCUUCUGAAGACUGCAGAGUUAAUAAUGCAAUCAAACUGUUCCCCUUCACUAAGCCUCCCUCCUGUGAAAGAAGUGUGUGUAUUUGUCCCUCUGUGCAAACUGUUCCCCUUCACUAAGCCUCCCUCCUGUGAAAGAAGUGUGUGUAUUUGUCCCUCUGUGCAAACUGAAGGUAGACUGGAGUUUUGUUGGAACGUUUCAGGGUAUUUCCAACAUUUUGAGUCAAUUCUUUUCACCUCAGCAGGGUAGAAAAAUACAUAGAAAGUCACAACUGCCAGUCACAUUGGGUGGCUAGUCUUAAAGGGGCCUUUGGACUCUGGAAACUCUCCUGCUUUAGAACUGGUUCUGAACACACAGUUCAGCCCCAAAUGUCAGUUCAUGAAAUUGCAUAAGUGCAUAAAUGUCCCAAAGCAGACUAAUCUGACUGUGUGUGUCGUGGAUUUCAAGCACAAUGUCUGUAUGAUCAGCUGUGUGUGUGUGUGUGUGUGUGCGCACGUGUAUCCUAAGGUUGAAUGUGUACAUGCUCAGUGUGCCAUUUUUCAUAUGAAUUAUAAUAAAUAAAUAUGAAACAGA